AUAAAAAGAAUAUACAACACCGUCACGACAACCAACGUUCAAACCAACCGCUCUCAAGUGUCAACGACAGUUUACCUACCAAACAUCUAAUCACAUCGUUCGUAUUUCCGACUACUUCCGAUUUACGGUCUAUUAGCGCUUCGUCCUUCAACAGCAGACCAACAACCCUGUCAACCGUACUCAUACCAAACACCAUCCACCUGGCAUACUCUGUCUAUGAACCACGUCACACCAGUCGCAAAAACAUCGAGAACACGCCACCAUCACCAGAUGAUGUUCAUUGGUCCGACGCCACCGACGACGAGUGUUUAAGUAUUCUUCUACGUUAUGAACUAUUCAUGUUCUACAUUGAACCAGUAAACCCAUACAGUAUAACAGAUAUCUUUUGGAACUGAUAAGUAUGCCUAAAAAAAAACAUGACCACCUAACUUGCACACCUAACCCGUCCUCCUCUGAACAUAAUCGCCAAAAUUCAACUAACCCACACAAACAUUCAGAAAAAGACCCACCAGCACCAGAACAAGCAGUUCCUCCUCCACUGGCAAAUACCGACAACGUCUCCAGCACACCUGAUACUAAUAUUGCCAUUGCAGACAUCGACAGCAAUUUGAACCGCACAUAUACACUCCAUGUAAAAGUCAUAUCCAAAAGUGACAUCACUCCAUUUUCAAGACUACAUGGGAAAAGCUCCGGAAAUCGCCUAAGUCUAAUGUUAGCAGAUACCACUGCUAAUCUAAAGGCCGUGGCAUGGAAUAAGACAGCUGAAAGAGUGUUCCAUGCCAUGGAUGUCGACAAAACUUACACAAUCAAAAAUUUCAUCAUUAAACCAGCAAACAAGAAGUACACGUCUACCAAAUUCGAACUGACCUUCACGGAUAACACUAUCAUAGAACCAACAAACGUUGACCUUCCUUGCAACGUAGACACCGUCUAUACCACGAUUGACAACUUAACAACUAUGACUAGUGACAGCUAUGUUUCUGUUGUCGGCAUCAUACAUCGCAUACACCCUCCAACUACCGUUCAUCGAAAAUAUGAUGGUCAACCAAUUUCUAAGACCAUAAUCGACAUCGCAGAUGACACAAAGACAUCUGUGUCGGUGACCUUUUGGAACGCAGAAGACAAAACUGCGCUAUAUGAAAUUGACAAGACAGUACUUCACCUCCAAAAUGCUAAGCUAACUAUUUACAAUGACGCCCCGCAACUCAGUGUUACAUCAGACACAACAGUUCUGAUAGAUGAAAACAAUCACAGAUCGAAGGAACUAUUGGAAACAAUGAAAACCAUACCACAUGACGAUAUCACGCCAUUGCUGGCAAUCACAAACGACUCCGACUACAGGACAUGUCCUUAACAGAAUUGAUGACACACAAGACAGCCCGUGGCCGUGUAACGGCAGAUAUACUUGCCAUAUCUGGCUCAAAGGCCACCUACAAAAUGUGUUUAAAUCCCACCUGCCGACAAGCAUUAACAGAAACGUCACCACAAAAGUACACGUGUACUAACUGCAAAAAAGUAUGUCACGUAACCAAAACUGCGUACCGCCUGCAAAUAUUACUAGCUGACGGUGAUGAGGAAAAAUGGAUCACAGCGUUUGACAAACCUGCCCAACAACUGCUCAAAAUGGAUCCUGAAACUUUUGAGUCAUUAAGCGACCAUGAAAAAACACACAUCAUCAAUCGGACAACAGAGAAAACGCAAACAUCGAUCUUUCACUUGUCCAAAAAUGACAAAGACAACAUAAUAUGUCACGACAUAAGUGACAACGUCCUCGACACCACUUCACAAGAUUCAUAAUCCCCAUGACGUUUAAAACGACACACCUUAAAAUACAUUUGACAGAUUACAUUUAAAAACCUACAUUCGGAAAGAACAUGGUCAAAUUUACACUGCAAAAAACACAUCUUAUAACAUCGUUAACCAGUAUUUAAAAUCUUGUUACACGUAUGCCUUGACCUUUGUCAACAUAGCGAUACCUUCUUACCUAUAUAACUGGUAUCAUAAUAGCAUUAGUAUCAUUUCAUCUAUUUGUUUCUUUACACAAUCUAUACACAUUUGUCGAUAAGCAAUAUGUAAGGUAUUUAUCAUGAUAGUAUAACUAGUAAUGUACAUUACUACUUCCUCAUAUCAUGUUUACUAUUCUUUUAUAUUAUUCCUGCUCAUUUUGACACUAUAUACACAUUCGUCAACAUAACGACGAAUUGUUACCUACAUAACUGUUUUAACGUUACUUCUUCUGUAUGUUAUCUCCGUUUUUUGGCAGCAUAUAUACCAAUGUAGACCUAUAUAAUAUACAUAUAUACAUUUUUGACCAAAUAUAUACUGGAAUAACUCACUUCAUAUCACACCUUAUUGCAGUGUAAAAAUUAUUACACAUAUGUGUCAGCCAUCCAUUGUCUUUUUUAUAUACAUACAUAUAUAUACCUUGUUACCUAUAAAACUGUUAUCUAUCAUAAUAGCAUUAUUGCUCUCCAUUUGUUUCCUCGCCAUAUCAACAUUAGACGAUAUGCGAUAUAUAAGUUUCUC